UCUUGUAAUAAAUAUUUUAAUGAAUUGCUUAACACAUAGUGGUGUUUUUAAAUCAUUAUGGACUCGUCCAUUGUAUAAAGCAGGCAAUUUGUAUACUUGGGGUGUUCACAGUUUAGGAUGUGGAAUCAAUCAUGAUUCAUAGAGUGAUCAAUUAAAACCAAGGAGAAUUGAUGCUUUCAAUGGCAAUGUCUAAAAAGUAUAUCCAAGUGAAUACUUUACAGCUGUGAUUACAGAUAAUGGUGAUUUGUAUACAUUUGGUAACAACAAUUAUGGAUAAUUGGGAUUGGGAAACACUGAAGAACAAUAAACACCAUAACUUGUGAAAUACUUUAGAGAUAAGGGAUUAAAGGUUGUAGAUGUAGCAUUGGGAUCAAAUCACGGAGUAGCCUUGGCUUCUGAUGGGAAUGUUUAUACUUGGGGAAGUGCAAAUAAUUCAUUUUUAGAUUAAUUAUUAUGCAGACCUAAUGGAUUAGGUGAUAAUUACACCAAUAAUCUCCUUUAACCAUAAGUUGUCGAGAAAUUGGCUGGAUCAGCUAAGGGUAAAUUUGUGAGUGCUGGCAUUAACUACUCAAUUGUAGUAAAUGAAAACAACCAAGUCUAUGUAUGGGGAGCUGGCAAAAGAGGAGAACUCGGUAAUGGAUGCAGUUUGAACUUCAAAUAUCCUGAAUUGAAUCCCAUUUUUGAAUAAUUAGCUAAAUCUGGCUACACAAUCUAAAAGAUUAAGUCAUGCUUUGCUGGAACAUUGGCAUUAUUAAAUGAAGGAAUUGUAGUAGGAUGGGGAAGAAGUUAUUAUGGUUCUUUGGGAGUCAGAUAAUAAGAAUAUGUUGUCACAGAUUUAGAAAAUUACUCUCCCACACCAGUGAAUUUGAAGUAUUUCCAACCAAACGAAAAGGUUGUGGAUUUCGAUUUAGGAUAUAAUCUUUCUCUCUUCCUAACUGAUUAGAAUAGAAUUUAUCUAUCAGGCUAUGAUGAGACCUAUGUACCAAGACCUAUCGACCUUCCAAAGGAUGAGAAGAUUCUUAAAUUCUCUGCUUCUAAUAACAGCUUUGCCAUUUUAACUGAUAAAAACUUCUACACUUCCAAUGAGUACGUAAUUCCUCAAUAGAAAAGGAAUUUGGGAUUCUUGUUCAAAAGUCAACCAAGAGAAUUGUUUGAGUCUACUAAUAUUGAACAAUUUGGAGGAGGAUAUAGGGUCAGAUAUGCAGUAGUAAAUAAUUGAUAUAAUGCCUACAUCUAAAUCAAUAUAAAAUAAAACAUUAUUUUUUU